UCUUUUUUUUUUCUUUUUCUUUUUAAACAAAAAAGAUGGGAAAAUAUAUAACAUUUCAAACACUUAAACAAUUGCCUCCAGAGCUGGCCAAGAACAAGCUUGUGAAGCUGAUAUCUGAUCAGAAUAUUACCAUUAUUCCAGAAUUUACCUUAGAAUCUGGUGUUCAACUUCGAAAUAUACCUAUUGCCUGGAAAUCAUGGGGUAAACUGAAUGAAGAAGCUAAUAAUUGUAUGGUUAUAUGCCAUGCUUUGACAGGCAGUGCUGAUGUGGAGGAUUGGUGGGGUCCAUUGAUAGGCCCUAAAAGAGCAUUUGAUCCUACCAAGUUCUUUAUCAUCUGUUGUAAUGUCCUUGGUUCUCCUUAUGGAUCUGCUUCUCCACUCACUAUUAAUCCAGAAACUGGGAAUAUAUAUGGCCCUGAAUUUCCUUUAGUCAGCAUAAGAGAUGAUGUUAAUCUCCAUCGCUUGAUACUGGAUGAUCUCGGUGUUAAACAGGUCGCAAUCUGUAUCGGCGGCUCCAUGGGUGGAAUGCAAGUACUGGAGUGGGCACAGUUGGGUAAAGAAUACGUGCGUUCUAUUGUGCCUAUUGCGACAUCAGGACGUCAUUCUGCUUGGGGUAUCAGCUGGGGAGAAGCCCAAAGACAGUCAAUUUACAGUGAUCCAAGUUAUGCUGAAGGAUACUAUAGUGAGGACAGUCAGCCUGUCGUUGGUCUAUCUGCCGCUCGUAUGUCUGCAUUACUCACUUAUCGUUCACGUAAUUCAUUCGAAUCAAGAUUUGGACGAAAGGCGGCAGAUCUUAAAUCACCCAACAGACCCAGCUCACCAGCCGAAGCAAACCGCAUGAUUCAUAAUGAUGGACAUCGGGCAUCUACUGUCCAGACAGGAACGGAACAUGUUACAAUUAAUGAUCCGCCCAUGCCAACUCCCUUUGUUUUCUCUGCUCAGUCCUAUCUUCGAUACCAAGGAAAUAAGUUUGUAAACCGUUUCGAUGCCAACUGCUAUAUUGCUCUCACUCGCAAAAUGGACUCGCAUGAUCUCUCUAGAGGAAGAGAGGAGAGCUAUCAUGACAUUUUAGCGGCGACUGAUCAACCUGCACUAGUGAUUGGUAUUGAAUCAGAUGGUUUGUUUACUAUAUCAGAACAGUAUGAAUUAGCUGAAGGAAUGGCAGAUACAGAAAUGGUCGUUAUUGACUCCCCUGACGGUCAUGAUGGAUUCUUGCUUGAAUUUGAUCAGAUCAAUAGACAUUUACUAAACUUUAUCAAACGCGUAUUACCCGAGAUAUAUAGUACGAAUAUAAUCAGUGAACAAGAAGCAGAGAUAGAAACCAUAAAAGCAACCAAGAACAGUCUCUUUGGUGAAGCAGAAGUAGAUAUUACCCAGUGGUAGCGUGUGUAUUUGUGUGUGUGUGUAUAUUCAAAUAAAGUUUUGGUCUUGUGUACAAAAGAAUAAACGGAGGUGAUUUUCAAAAAAAAAAUUCUUUAAUUAGAAUGGUUGCGCAUGCAUCCGAAAAUAGUAACUCAAUGUACAAUAAACAGGACGACACUUAGGGGA